AUGAAUUUCAGGAGCUUGGAGGAGUUCUGGCCCUUCUACAUGAACCAGCACUCGAAGCCAUCGACAAGGCGUUGGCAUUUUGUGGGGACCCUUGUUUCUAUCUUCUUCUUCCUCUGCUCGCUGCUGUUUAAUUGGUGGCUUUUGUUUCUUGUGCCUUUGGCUGGGUAUGGAUGUGCAUGGUACAGCCAUUUUUUUGUGGAAGGGAAUGUUCCUGCUACGUUUGGGCAUCCAUUUUGGUCUCUCUUUUGCGAUUUCAAGAUGUUCGCUUUGAUGCUUACUGGUAAUAUGGACAGAGAGAUCAAGCGGCUGGGGAAGAGGCCUGUCUUGCAGGGAUUCUAA